UUUGUGGUUCUAUCUCUGUCAGGGAAUUAUUCUGUAUCAUAUUAUAUUAUAUUUUGUGGUUCUACCAGUAUGAAAAGAUUUAAUUGGAAAUCUUUUGACUUUGGUCCAGAAUUAGAGUUGGACUCUAAAUUAGGAAUAAAAUAUGAAAAACCAAAUAUUAAUAAGGAGCAGAGUUCUAAUACUGAGAUUAAAAUGAGAAAUUCCUUUAAUUUUUAUGAUGAAAUAGCUCCUAAAACAAUAGAGGACUUAGCUGUCCAUUCAAAGAAAAUAGAAGAUGUUCAGAAGUGGUUAAUAUUGAAUGUGCUAAAUCAAGAAAUGAAAAAUAAAUUUUUAUUAUUAUCUGGACCAUCUGGCUCUGCAAAAACAACAACUCUAAAGGUGCUUUGUAAAAAAUUGUCAAUAUCGGUAUUAGAAUGGGUUAAUCCAACAGACAAAGUCGACGAACCCUUUAAAAGAACUAGUCAAAUGAAAAGGUUUAUGGAAUUUCUGAUAGAUUCUAAAUGGAACCCUUUAUUUGAAAGUGAGAAUUCUAAAAAAAUUACUUUCGUUAAAGAUUUUCCAAAUGCUGUUAUAUACCACCCUGAAGAAUUUUUCAAUGUCUUGAAUGAAUGUUACAAGCUAAAGUAUCCCAUCGUUUUUAUAUGUACUGGUGCAAAUGGCAAUGCUACAAAUUUACUGAGAACACUAUUUAAUGAAGAUAUUGUUAAUAAAUUCAAUAUUGUGCAUAUCAGGGUUAUGAAUUAUACUAAGUGCAUGUCAGCUAUAGAACUAUUAACUGAACUUAAAUAUUAA